UUUUUCAUUAAUUUUCCAAAGAUAUAUUUUUGAAUUUCAUUUUGACUGGCGUAGAUACUAUAUCGAUAGUACAUGAACAAAAGACAAUGAUUUAAAGCAUCUGUUGCAUCAAAGGUCUAAAUGUUAAAUGUACAGAGGAUACGUAUAUGUACGUGUGAUAUCUUCUCAAAUGGAAGUGUUAGUCAUGGAAAGAUUCUUCAAUUUGGUAACUUUUCUCAUUAUAUUUGUUCUUAUAUUAUUCAUCUAUGAAGAUGGACUUAAAAAGGUUUACGAUCUGCGAAUAUCAUCACUCUAUGAACACAAGAGUGAGCAGUGGCAUUAUGACAGUAUGUACGUCAUUGAUACACCCGGAUGUAAAAUACCAAAUUACGAAGCAUUCGACCAUACCAUCCGGGAAAAAAUACAACCGGGUAAGUUUAUGCAGUGUAAAACAAAACCUUCUUUUGUUAAACAAAAUUCAAACUGCAUAAAAGUUGAUCGAGUUGAAUUAAAUAAAUCUAAGUACAAAAAUUCCUUCUCAUUUUGUCGUGUCCAUACUGUGUAUAGACCACGAUACGGAAAGGACCACAACUACGUCACAUAUAUAAAUGAACAAAUAUUGACCAACGAAACGUGUGUUGAAAGUGACAUGGUGAGAGUUCAAUGCUUUGAUUUCAAAAAUGCCACAAUUCAUACGAAUUUUUUCUGGAUACAUCAAAAUAAUAAAACACUGGAAAAACAAUGUGACAAACUUUUCAGGAAAUGGUCGGAAAAUGCAGACCUUGCCGAAUCACUAAGUGUUCUUUUGCUGGGUGUAGACUCAACUUCCAGACUCAAUGCACAAAGAUUUUUUGUCAAGACGAGACAAGCAAUGAAACAAAAAUUUAAUUCCAUUGAAUUCAAGGGCCAAAAUAUUUUGGGAAUGGAUACCUUUACAAAUGUAGUCCCGUUGCUGACAGGCAGUAGUAUAUUUGAACUUAAAAAGGACGGGAAAUUUGGAAACACGCCUAUGGACGGUUUUGACUUUAUUUGGAAAGAAUUCGAGCAAAACGGCUACAGAACAUUAUUUGCUGAAGAUGCAGCAUGGAUGGCAGUAUUUGAUUUCGUAAAACCCGGAUUUAAAAACUUCCCUACUCAUUUUUACAACCGUCCGUGGUCUGUUGCCUGGGAGUCCCUUCAUUCUCCUUGUAUAGGCGGACGGUCGGAACCAGAAGCCAUUAUGGAUUAUAUGACCAAGUUUGUGAAUGUGUACAAAAAUAAGCCAUAUUUUGCCUUGGCAUUUAUAACAUCUUUGACUCACGACAGUCAGGAGUUAUCUGCAGAGGCAGACGAAAUUAUGUCCAAAUUUUUCCUUAAGGCAUUCGAAUCAAAUGCUUUAAACAACACAAUUGUAUUUUUCUUUGGUGAUCAUGGUCUACGGUAUAGCGCAACUCGUACCUCGGACAUAGGCUCGUACGAAGUACAGUCACCAAUGCUGUUUAUCUUAACUCCUAGAUGGUUUUCCGAAAAAUAUAAGACAAUAGAUAACAAUCUGAGAAAAAAUGCAAACAAGUUGACUACAAUGUACGAUAUCCAUGCAACUCUGCAUAAUAUCUUGAAUUUCAGUGGAGAAAUAGUGGAAUACGAUUUUCCUCAAAGAGGAGAAAGCUUAUUCUCUGAUGUUUCAGAUACACGGAACUGUUCUGAUGUUGGUGUUCCCGAUUCAAUGUGUACUUGUAGUCAAUAUGAAAAGCUGAAUAAUUUUUCAAGCAUUUAUGCAAAACACAACCUCUCUGUUAUGGUAGUUAGAAAAAUAAACAAUCUUUUAAAGAAUCACCAAGCUAUAUGUGAACAUCUCACGUUAGACAAAACUUUCUUCGUAUAUAAAGCUGCUUCUAUAAAAAGACUGCAUGUUUUCAAGAUAACUAUUCGAACAUUACCGGGGAAAGCCUUAUUUGAAGCGGCCGUUGGCUUCGACUCAUCCAAAAACGAAUACAAAGUGGAACAAAUAUUACGUAUCAAUAAAUAUGGAGAUCAAUCAAAAUGUGUGAACGACUACAUGCUUCGAAAUUACUGCUUUUGUAAAAACCAGUAAUUUGCUUAUUGUAAAUGUUGAAAUGUGAGUACCUGGAAUUGUUAGGAAAUAUGUAAUAAAUUCUUGAAAGCUUUACAACUUUUCUUCGGGAAGGUGAUUUUUGUUUAUUUAAGGACCACACUCGAACAUAUUAUGUGAUGUCCAGCAAAUGUCGAGGAAUGAAAUGCAAAAUCA